AAGCGCCCCGCCCGCCGUAGAUCAGGCUUCGGCGUCUGGGCUGUGCUGGGCGGCCCGACCCGGCUGGCGCGCGGGCGGAGCCGGGGCGGCGGGGCUGCUGCUGGCUGAUUGCGCCGGACUGCGGGCCGCGACAUGGACUGUUCUGUGCAGCCCGAAUUCCAGCCUCGUUGAGCCAGCCACACCAAGAGCUUUCCACCAAAGAAGCCCCUCCAAGCACUGACCAUGUCUAUUAUGGACCACAGCCCCACUACGGGGGUGGUCACGGUCAUUGUCAUCCUCAUCGCCAUUGCUGCCCUGGGGGCCUUGAUCCUGGGCUGCUGGUGCUACCUGCGACUGCAGCGCAUCAGCCAGUCAGAGGACGAGGAGAGCAUCGUGGGUGAUGGUGAGACAAAGGAGCCCUUUCUACUGGUGCAGUACUCUGCCAAGGGGCCGUGCGUGGAAAGAAAGGCCAAGUUGAUGACUGCCAAUGGCCCAGAAGUGCAUGGCUGAGCUGGGCUGCGAAGGCCACGGUUCUGUUUGCAGCCAGCCCAGAAGCACCGAGAGGGCAGAAGCAGACAUGUUGCUAUGUGAGAGGGAUUGACACUUGCUGGCAUGGUCUCCUCAGGCUUCGUCAUCGCAUGCACUGACUAUGGGUCCACGCUGUUCUGGCCUGGCCUUCCCGCUCAGCCUCCCGGUGGGGCUGCCCAUUGCAGGCAGUGGGCAGGCCUGACCUUGCUGGGGCUCAGGGCCCCUUAGCGCUUUCGUUACUUGAAUGUUUUAGCUGAGCCUGUUUUUGAUGGAGCUACUACUGUAAUGUGUGAACUCACCAACCUGUGAACUGUAAAUAGGCCCAGAAGCACGUGCUUAAGCCUUUUUGCUGAUUUUUAAAAAUACUACAUAGAUCCCGUGGGACUGGCUUGAUGAUGACUGUACUCAUGAUGAGCUAAGGCAUGACCAUGGAGGGUCUUUGACUGGUCAGGCCCCCACUGCCCUUGGCAGGGCGCACUAAGGUUUUUAUCUGUGUGUAUGGAGGGGAAGUGAGAGAGGCUCAGCAGCUGGAGUGCUUGGGUGAUUUCUACUUGGCUAGUAAUGGGUGGAAGGAAAACCACGCCCCUCCCUUUCUUUAGCUUUAGCUUUGUCAAAUAGCAAUGUGUGUGUAGAUGCCGGAGUGACUGCAAGGAAGCUGCUGUUCUUGCUUGGAAGCCGGUGAAGGACAAGUCCUCGUGAGUCCUGAGGGUUGCCAGGCAGCUUAGCAGAGCAGUCUCUUGCCCUUUAUUCUUGAGCAUGCUCAGUACACUCCCUCAGCACAGGCUUUGCAGAAACUGCUCUGGUCCUCUGGAAACACCAGAGCCUGUGGUGGCUACUUGAAGUCUGAAGCCCAAGCAAGGUUUUGUUUUUGUAUUUAAUAUUUUCUGCACUGGAGUGGGGGUGGGGGUAGGGGUAGGGGUGACUCUUUGUUUUUCUCCUCCCCACCUUUUCACAAGUGAGCUUCCUUUCCUCUCUGAUGGGUGUUGGGUUUCACUUUGAUCCUUAGGGCUUUGUAGGCAGAGCUCCCUGACCCAGCUCUAAAGGCACCAUGUGCCACAGAAGUUAUUUCUAGUAUGCACAUAUGCAUUUACAACAGAGCUACCAGGUGUUCAAGUUCAGGGCCUGGUUCUCACCCGUAAGGGAGCCUGCAGCAUGUGUCUCUGGGAUAUUCCUUGUGUUCAUGUCUGUAAGCUUGCUCAUGUUACUCCACCAAUAUCAGAGCAUUCUAAACCAUUAUGAUUACACAUGAGUGUGUUGGCAUCCUCGGUGAUAGACAGUGGCCAGCCCUGGCUUGGCCAGCACAUUUGAGAGCAGCAUGGGCAGGAAGCAGGCUAAGCUGGGGACAGCUCUAAAAAGCAUGUGAAACUAAUCCAUUUUCUGCAACCCCAAGGGAGGAGCUGUACGGAACACUCUUUGGCAGUGUAUGCCAAUGCCUGGGCGGGGGGUGGGGAUGUUAAGAAACAGGUUGAGGUGAGGAGGGACAGCUAAUAAGGCCAUUUGUGAAGGUAGGAAUAAGACACCUCAGGAGGGAUGCUGGGGUAAGAACCACUGGAGAAACACUCUUGGGCCC